GAAAUUUCUGUCGCCAAUGUUUUUAUGAAUUCCAUUGACUUAGUGACUUUUUAACCGACAACGGAAAUGUUUUUACUGAGCGGGUGGAGUCGUUUUAUCUGAAGGAAUAGCAACAAGUGUGAAAAAAUCGAAGAAAUUCAAAUAGAAAAUGGGUUGUGCGGUGAGUACAACUGGGGAAAAAGCUGCUCUAGCUAGAUCCAGAAAGAUUGAUCGGGAUCUCCGAGCAGCUGGAGAAAAGGCUGCCAGUGAAGUGAAAUUGUUACUACUGGGAGCUGGCGAGUCAGGCAAAAGUACAAUAGUUAAGCAAAUGAAAAUAAUUCAUGAAUUGGGAUACACACCAGAAGAAUGUGAACAGUAUAGACCCGUUGUUUACAGCAAUACUAUACAAAGUUUAAUAGCCAUAAUAAGAGCUAUGGGCCAAUUGGGGAUUGAUUUUGCUGAUCCUAAUAAAGCUGAUAUAGCAAGACAGUUUUUCACCUAUGCCAGCUCAGCAGAGGAAGGUGAACUGACUCCAGAAUUGGUAAUGUUAAUGAAAAAGCUUUGGCAGGAUGCUGGUGUCCAGUUAUGUUUUGCCAGGUCAAGAGAAUACCAGUUAAAUGACUCUGCUGCUUACUAUCUAAAUGCAUUAGAUAGAAUUUCAAAUUCUACUUAUGUACCAUCACAACAGGAUGUCUUACGAACUAGGGUCAAGACCACUGGAAUUGUUGAGACCAAUUUUCUCUUCAAAGGUCUACAUUUUAAAAUGUUUGAUGUUGGUGGUCAGCGAUCUGAAAGAAAGAAAUGGAUUCACUGCUUUGAAGGAGUCACUGCUAUUAUCUUUUGUGUAGCAUUAUCUGGUUAUGAUUUGGUCCUCGCAGAAGAUGAAGAAAUGAACCGUAUGGUAGAAUCCAUGAAACUUUUCGAUUCUAUUUGCAAUAGUAAAUGGUUCGUGACUACGUCUAUAAUCUUGUUUUUGAACAAAAAAGAUCUAUUUGAAGAAAAAAUUGUACGCAGUCCGUUGACCAUCUGUUUCCCAGAAUAUACAGGCCCUAAUACUUACGAAGAUGCUUCAGCAUACAUAAGAAUGAAAUUCGAAAAUCUCAAUAAACUUAAGGACCAGAAAGAAAUAUAUACACAUUUCACGUGCGCUACUAAUACAACUAACAUACAAUUUGUGUUUGAUGCAGUAACUGACGUCAUUAUAAAAAAUAAUCUGAAGGAUUGUGGUCUUUUGAUGUAGACUUAAACUGUUUUUACAGGAUGUUUUAUACAGGAGUGCCCAAAAACAAGUUUUAUGAACUGUGUAACCUACCCUGUAUAUUGUGCAAAAUUCCAUCUAAUCUUAUAUACUGUGGUGGAAGGUGUACCUACUAAACACCCUGAAAAAACUGCAUCGAAAUAUGUAUAUAACUAAAAAUUGAUGGAAGAGUGAGUAUGUAUGCUGUAGAUAUACAGGGUUAUAUAAAAACAACUUUAUUCAAUUCUAAACGAUAUGAAUUUUAUUUGAAACUGGCAGCUCUUAAAAUACUUAAAAGGUUGUUGAUUUUUUUAACCUGUACUUGAUGCGAGAUUUGCUAAAAACUCCAGUGUUUUAUCCAUUAUUUAAAGACUCCAUGUACUUUACAUUUGAUUCAGAAAAUAUUCUCCUUAUAUAUAGACAAUAACGGAAUGUGUUUCCUGAAAAGUGAGAUUGAGGAGUGUUUGACAUCGUUACUUAGGAUAAUCGGAAAACUUUCCUAACAGUACAGUAGUCCAGAGAAAUAAGGUAUUCCCGUUAUUUUGACCAGGCCAGGUAUCUGACAAAUUUUUUGAGUUCUAGGAACUUUGAUAACCUAAACCUUCACGUUUUUUGUCAUGUAUUAUUACCUCUGAUAAUAAUUCUAAUGUUGAUAGUUCUUUUUCAGUUGACAGCAGCGUAGUGUAGUUGUGCUCAAACGAAAUGUUACGUGCUGUCAGUGCAUUAGAGACUUGUGAUGGACCAGGAAUUACGUAAGGGAAAUUGCUUAUGGGUUGACUACUGGUUUCAGUAUGCCUUUGCGAGUUACCUUAGAGUAACUUCAAAGUGUUUGGUAAAAGUGUGUUGUGAAUUUUCCCUUUAGUGAAAUGACCACUACGCAGACAAUUUAUGCAAAGUCGUAAACGUUUCGCUUCAUUAUGUCUUAAUGACAUGUCUAAUUUAAGAAAAUCAAGACAAGUGUAAAUUAAGUGUUUCUGUUUACAUAAAGAACAGUGGGGCGAAACAUUAUUGGUCGACAAGAAGUUUUUUGAUUUGGAAUUGCCCUUAGAUGAAAAUUUAGAACGAGAUUUUUCCUCUUGAUGAUUAAGAGAUUUUUGUGAAGUUUUUCCUGAAGAAACGAUUGAAUUUGAAGAUUGAGUGGUUUGAACAUGGCGUUUAGAACGAUUGGUGUCAAUAAAAUCUCGCAUAGCGUUAGUAAUCUGGGAAAACGAUGUUUGAAAUGACAUCCUUUCUAUACAGUGGAUAGUAUUUGCGUUGGCAGUAUAUUUCUCAUCAGAGGCCUCAAUAAGUGAUUGAGUCUUGUCAAAAUUAUCAAAAACUGAAUUCUAUCAAGUCUAAGUUGCAACUCUGUGAAGUUAAUUUGAUCUAAAGGAUUGUUUUUGAUAGAAUUAAAAUGUGUAGUGUAACGAAUUAAGGAUCCUCUGAUUUUUACAUAUAGAGGAAUACUGUACCUUUGAUUUGCAAAAAAUUAAGGACAAAUUUUAUUUUUUUCUUCGUUUGUUGAUUAUAACUUUAAAACUAUUCAUUUCCGAGAAAAGUUGCACUGACAUAAAAGUUGCCUAAUUAAAUUUCCUACAAUAUAGGAUUAGUUAAAAAUUUUAAAAAUUGUCACCCUUGUUGCAAAAUAGCAAUAAUUGCGAAAAAAAACAUAAAAAACAAGUAUUUUCAUUUUACGAUUUUCAACCAUUUAUGCUACACUUACGACCUUCAUACUUCACCCUGAAAAACUUUAUGAUAUAAUAAAACAAAACUGUAAAUUUCAUUAAGGUCGGUUCAAUAAAUUUUGCAAAAUAAAUUUUGCAAUCCAGCUUUCGCAAAAAAAUUCAUUUUUUUUUUCAAAAUGUUGCAGGACUGAACAUAAAGCAGACAGCAAGUUGAUUUUUUUACAUAUAGAGGAAUACUGAACCUUUGAUUUGCAAUUUGCAAAAUUAAAAUCGGUUAACUACCACGGCGUCAGGAAUUUUUUUAAAUAAACAUUAAUUUUUGGUGCUACGCGCAGGACAGCGGAUAAGUUUGCUCGGAUUGGGCAUUCCAAUGACCUUUGAUAAUAAUUGAUAAAUUUUAAUUUUUAGUACAUUUCGAUAUAAAUAAAUUUGUUUAUUGCAAAAUAAAAACACAUACUCUGUCCUUCGAAAUUAGUUUUUUUAGCAAAAACUUUCUUUGUUCAUAUAUUUUAACUUAGAGAAUAAAAGUUUAUUAUUUUUAAACAUAUGCAAUUGUUUAAACAAUAUUUCACAAACAAUAAUCAAAUUAGUUUGAUUUUUGCGGAAUUAAAAUAUUAAAUUAGAACAAAAUAUAGAGUAUUAAGAAAAUAGUAUAUUAGAUAUAGAUUGGAAGAAAUUUUGGUGGAAAUCAAGUUGUGUGAAUCGAACACCGCUGUCCUGCGCGUAGCACCAAAAAUUUAUGUUUAUUUAAAAAAAAUCAUGACGCCGUGGUAGUAAACCGAUUUUAAUUUUGCAAAUUGUAAAUCAAAGGUACAGUGUUCUUCUAUAUGUAAAAAAAUUUCAACUUAUCUGCUUAAUUUUCAGUCCUGCAACAUUUUUGAAAAAAUGAAUUUUUUUGCGAAAGCUGGAUUACAAAAUUUAUUUUGCAAAAUCUAUUGAACCGAUCUUAAUGAAAUUUACAGUACUGUUUUAUUAUAUCCUAAAGUUUUUCUGGGUAAAACAUUAAAGUCCUAAGUGUAGCACAAAUGUUUAAAAAACGUGAAAUGCAAAUACUUGUUUUUUUUUAUGUUUUUUUCGCAAUUAUUGCUAUUUUGCAACAAGGGUGACAAUUUUUAAAAUAUUUAACCAAUCCUAUGUUGUAGGAAAUUUAAUUACGCAACUUUUAUAUCUGUACAACUUUUCUUGGAACUGAAUACUUAAAAAGUUAUAAUCAAAAAACGAAGAAAAAAAUCAAUUUUUCCUUCAUUUUUUGACAUUUUAAUUAUUUAAACAAUGUUACGAACCUUUUUUGAGUGGGAGGAUAACUCAAUUAUUAUUAUAUGAGUUAAUUCCAAGCAAUUUCUGCAAAAAAAUAUGAGUCACCUCUCAACGUCCAUCUCAAAACAGAUGCGCCCUGGACUAGUAGUGGUAUGGCAAAACUUGAUAUGUCCGAUUUUUGUCAAGAUUAGAUUAUUUGUUUGAUAUGUUACUUAGUAACAUUUCUUCAAGUUUGCAGAGAUUGGUAUGUCUGUAGUGAAGGUAAAAUCGUUAAAAAUGAGAAUGAAAUAUAUUAUGAUAUGUCCGCUGUGGUACUUUUAGUUACGGCAGAACUUUACAGUGAUUGAUAUGUCGAUUUACUUUACAUCUUUGGGUGGGCAAAACAUGAUAUGUAUUCUGUAUAUUAUGUGUGUAUUCUAAAGAAAAUCAUUAAAAAAAGAUAUUCACUACACAAUUAUCUAACACCAGUUAAUAAAUUUCGUUACACCGGUAAGUUGAAAAUCACAUUGACAACGCUUUGAAAAUAUCAAGUAUUUAGAGGCUCUUUCAAACUUUCAAAAUGUUCUGCUGAAAAAUUAAGUUACGUGGACAUAUCAACUAUUGCCAUAACGCUACAGAAAAAUCGUUUCCAUUCUGUGUUUUUUCGUAGCACUCUUCCUAUUUUCUCUGUUGUAUCCUUUACAUAAAGUAGGACAUUGAAUUUAAUUGAAGAAAACUACAAAAUGUGUCAGAACAAGUCAAAUAUAAUGUACAUGGGGUUUUUAAUAGAAAUAAUAGUUAUGUUCCUUUUCGUAAAGCUGGAUACAAUACUAAAUUUUAUUAGGUGUACUUCAGGUGAUGUUUCAUAAGUUACUACAAAUUUCAAGCUGCAGUUUAGAGUAUGUGUUUUUUUAGAGGUUUUUAAUAUGUUGUAUUGAUAAUACAAGAAUAAUAAUAGCACAGUUAAAUACAUCUAAACAUACUAAGGUAUUAUAAUACUAAUAUAAAACUAUAAUAGUUAAAACAGAAAUCAGUCAGAAUGCGCAACAAAUUGGCGGUUUGGUAUUAGUGUUUAAGAAAUUCGAGUAGCCGCUUUAAAGAUAAGUACAUGCGGGUAAUUUAACAUCCCAUUAACCAUUAUAAUUAGUCAUUUUAGAACUUACAGUAAACACUUGCAUAUUAGUACAGUUUAAAUAAUUAGACGAUAAAUAUUAACCAACAGAAAUUCAACUUUUUUCUACUUUUAAGGACAAAAAGCAAGUUCAUUGACGGAACUGAAUUCAAAAUUAUUUUGCACAUCAUAUUUUAAACAUUUAACUCUCUUUUUUGUUGGUAAGAAAGUUAAUUUGUCUGGACUAAAUUACGGUUCUUUUGAUAUCCGAAAAGACUUGGUAUUUACACAAUGUUGCCAAACUGAAUUUUGUUAUAUAUAUAUAUAUAGUGACGAAAGCUUUCUAGAUCCUAUUUCUUUGGAGUAUGAGUCCCUUUUGCUUAUGUUAUCUUCUUAACGAUUUUCUCCAUUUUUUCCUGUCUCUAGUUUUUCCCGCCAUUCUCUGACUCAUGCGUUUUUUAAGUCUUCUUCAACUUCUUGCCACCAUUUUGAUCUUGGUCUUCCUCUUUUCUUUCUUCCUCCUGGAUUCCAUUCCAUCAUAGCAUAGGUCACUGCUUCAUCUCCUGCCCGCCAGAUCUAACUCUACAUUGCUUUAUUUUGGUCACGAUAUCUUUUUUAAGUACUUUCCUAAUCUCUGCAUUUGUUCGGCUUCUAUAUUCAUUUUGCUGUUCUAUUGGUCCCAGUAUGGUUCUCAUGAUCUUUCUCUCCACUAUUCUUAAGUUUUUUCAUCUUUUUUAGUCAUCGUAAUUGUUUCUGCUGCGUAUAAUAAUAUUGGUCUAAUUAUGGUGUUAUACAUUCUCAUCUUGGUUUUCGCAGUCAGUAUUUUGCUUUUAAGGAGUGUUUUAUUUGCAAAAUAAGCUUUAUUCGCUGCCAAUGUUUUUUUUAUUUCUGGUGUUCUUUCACCCGUUUUGCUUAUUGUCACUCCCAGGUAUUUGAAAUGUUCUACAUCUUCAAACUCUGAAUUUCCUAUUUUGGUUUUACCUUUUAUUGCUGUUUUCCCUAGUCUUAAUAUUUUUGUCUUUUUUUCAUUAAUCUGAGUCCCAUUGUCUCCCCUUUCUCUUUUAUUUCUUCUAGCAUUUCUUUUAUUAUGUUUCUAUUCUUUGCAACAAUAAGAAUGUUAUCUGCGUAGGCGAUUAUUUGUCCACCUCUUGUUCUUAGGUUCCCUUUGUUUAUAUUUCGUAGUACAUAUUCUAAAGCUAGAUUAAACAGUGUUGUGGAUAAACCAUCUCCUUGUUUCAUUCCUUUAUUUAUAAUGAAUUCAUCUGUCUCGCCUCUUUGCGUCUUUAUGCUAAUUUUGGUAGUUUUCAUUGUCAUAUUUAUUGAUUUUCUGAGUUUUGUAGAAUUUUUAAUUUUUCCAGGGCAAUCAUUAGUUCUUUUCUCUUAAUCGAAUCAAAUGCCUGUUUGAAGUCGAUGAACAGCUUUUCUAAUUCAUUUGCUUUUUCCAUUAUUUGUUUUAUCAUGUGUAUAGCAUCUAUUGUCGAUCUUCCUUCUGUGAAUCCACAUUGGUAUUGUCCCACUCUCUUCUUCGUGAUCUUUGACAAUCUUUUUCUUAUUAUCGAAGUCAAUAUUUUAUACGUUGUGCUUAGUAGUGUUUUUCCUCUAUAAUUUUCACAAAUUUGUUGGUCUCCCUUUUAUGUAUUGUUAUUACCUGCCCUAUCUCCCAGUCCGCCUUCUCUUCCUUCCAUAUAUUUUUCAAUAGUGAUAGUAUUUUUUCCUUCAGUUCCUUUUCUCCAUAUUUUAUAAGUUCCAUGUUAAUUUCGUCUUUUCCUUAAACUUUUCCAUUUUUUACUUCUCUCUACUUCCUCGAGUUAAUCUAUUGUUGGCUCUUUUGAGACUCGAUAUGUAUUUCGUCUGCUUCUUCGUCCACCGUGUCGUCUUCCUCGUGCAUUUCUUCUCCAUUGUAUUCCUCCGUCAAGACUUCUCUAUAUUGAUCUGCCCAUACCUGCUUAUAUUCAUUGUCUUCCAAUAUGACUAUUCCCUCUUUAUUUUUUAUUCCGUUUGUUUUACCUUUGUGUUUUUUGGUUUGUUCUAUAAUAUUUUUAUAGAAAUGUUUCGUGUUUCUAUUUGUUCUUUCCUGUUCUAUUUCUUGCAUCUUUUCAUCUGCCCAUCUUCUUUUAUCUUAUAAUUUUUUUAGCGUCCUUUCUUAAUUUUUCAUAACUUUCUGUCUUCCUCUUUAUCCGUUCUCAGCCAUUUAAUUCUAUUCCCUCUUUAUUUUUUAUUCCGUUUGUUUUACCUUUGUGUUUUUUGGUAUGUUCUAUAAUAUUUUUAUAGAAAUGUUUCGUGUUUCUAUUUGUUCUUUCCUGUUCUAUUUCUUGCAUCUUUUCAUCUGCCCAUCUUCUUUUAUUUUGUCUUAUAAUUUUUUUAGCGUCCUUUCUUAAUUUUUCAUAACUUUCUGUCUUCCUCUUUAUCCGUUCUCAGCCAUUUAAUUCUUGCUUGUACCUUUUUUGCUCUUAGUUCUUUACAUUCGUUGUUAUACCAUUCGUUUUUUGCAAUGAUUCGGCAUGAGCCACAUUCGAAAUAUGGCAACACAAGAAAUCGAUGAGGGACGACUUUUGUUUUGCGUUUAGCGUAGUAACUUUUUUAGAUGAGAUCGGAGAGCAGCAAGAAAUAAACAUAUCAAUCGUUGUAGUAGUAGUUGUCCUCUCAUUCGGCGUCUUCUUGUCCACUGUCGGACUCAGUAGACGUUGUGUCGCUGCUAGAAGACGAAUCAUCCCCAUCCAAACGGCCGGCUCGGCUUCUCUUGCUACCUGAACUCGCCUGCCUCUCAGUUGUCGCCUCUGAUUUGGUCUUUGCUGUUGUUCUGGCUGUUUCUGCUGCUGCGUCCUUUCGUCUAUCAAUUCUCUUCUAUGGUUCUGUACUUGUGCAUCUCCUAGUACUGUCUACUGCCUACUGUUUUCCAUGGAACCCGAGAAUACCCAACAACUUCCAUUCUUAGAUGUGUUGGUUAUAAAAAAAGAAGACGAAAGCAGAGGAUAUACAGGAUACCGAAAUCCAACCCAUACUAACAGAUAUUUACACCAUAAUCCUGAACAAUUAAAUUCGGUAAUAAAAACCAAUCACAAGAUCUGAAAAACUGACAGAUGAGAACGAGGAAAUGUACAAAAUCAAAACAGCUUUAAAAAAAGUGGCUUCUUCACGUCUAGGUACUAUUGAAAAGGCACAGAAUUCCCGUGGACUGACCGAGUCGCAAAUGAGAAGGUCCUCAGAAGAAUAAAGAAAGGUACUGACCACCAUCAAGUCUCGAACGUUACAAUACUUCGGGACACAUAAUGCGAAAUGAAUCCAGAUAUGCCGUCCUGCAAGGAAAAAUAUUUGGAAAGCGAGGGCCAGGAAGAAGAAGAAUAUCCUGGUUAAAGAACCUCACAACCUGGUUCAACACAACAUCUGUGCAGCUUUUCCGCACUAGAUUGCCAUGAUGAUAGACACAUUAAGAAGAAGAAUGAGAGAAAUUUCGGAUACAAUUCUUCUCUUCUUCUUGAAUACAAUUCAAAAGCCUAUAAAACAGAAGCUGUUGACGUUUUUAAAAUAUCUUCGUUAUUAUGUGCAUAUGUAUUUAUUAUUGAGUGACGUCAGCUUAUGCGUAGAUUUUAGGGUAAAAGUAAAUACUUCAGAAUAACAUUGCCGAAUUUGUAGAAGAAAAUUAUUCCUUUAUAAGCAUGCUUUGAACUGAGAAAUAUUUGCCUAUCUUCUUACAAAAUGUUUGAAUAACAAAACUCACCACAAAUUCUGGGCUGUAGCUUGAAUAUCUGUACAUCUUUUAUAUGUACAUACUAGUUAUAUUACAUAUGAGUAGUACAUAGUACAUAUGUAGUGAUCAACUAAAUUGUUUAAAGAUUAACUAUUUUGUACCAGAUUAUGUCUAUUUUUAAUAAGUUUUUACAGGUUCUUUCAUUAUUUGGUAUAAAGAGUAUCUUUAGAGUUCGUAUUGAAUUUGUUUAUUUUGUAUUUUUACUUGAAUGGGACAUUUAAAUUAAUUUGUGACCUAUCUCUCUUAAUUUCCUGUGAUGUUUCCUUGAAGUACAGUUUUGCUCUCUGUUUUAGUAGUACUUAGUUUUGUGAAGCCAUAUACAUUUUUUGUAUUAGAUAUCAUUCCGAGAAAAAGACUUGCGAUAACUAUAUCUGCCACAUUGCAGUAUUUAAAUUUUGAUACAAUUUUACAUUUGGAAGAAAUAGACUUUUUUCUAUUUAUUGUAUUAUAAUGUAAAGAGAUUAUAUAGUCGAAUGGAUGUAGGAUUUAAAAAUUUCCUCAGAUGCCAUAAAAAAAUAAUUUUUUAACAAUAUACAGUACAAUGUGCCUUCCUGUAGAGUAUAUUUUGACCACCACUAUAUGAAAAAAUGCCUAGAACAAACCGCCUACUUUGAAUGCUGUGACAAUAAUACUUCCUAAUGUUUAUAGCAUUAUGGGAUCUCUUUGUUGACUGUACUUAUCACGUUUUAUGCAUCUGUAGAAUACACAGUGCUUUGGUAAUUUAUUACCAUGCAUUUUUUCAUACAGUGAGGUUUUGUGUCAUUAGGUUGAAGUGAUACCAAAACGUAACCUUAUAUUUUUAAAAAUACAUAUCUAAAUUUGAAGUAGUCAUAUUGUCAAUUCUAUGCUUAUUAAUUUGUACCAAAUUUAAUUAUUGUACACUUCUAUUGUAUUAAAGCUAUGGAACCUUUAGCUUGAUAAAGAAAAAUUUGGCGAUUCUCUUUGAUAUUUUCAGCUGGAAAGUUUCUGUCUUGGAAAGAAUAAGGACUAUUUUAUCAACACACUAACAUAUGAAAAAUUUAAAUUCCGUUCAUGGAUGAAGUACAGAACUUCCGUUCAUGGAUGAAGCCAUUAAAGACAUUGGAGGCAUUUACUUUAUCAUGUCCAAACAUGUCAUUCAUAUAAUUUAGGCCGAGUAGCGGGCUACGUCUGUUCCAUAUUUGUUGGCGAGCCAUAAAUCUUUAAGGAUACACCGAUGUGGACAGUUUCUGCAUAUAAGAUGUUCUGUAUUGUGCAUUUCUCCACAGUCAUAGUUUACCUCAUCUCAGUCUAUUUUCCCCCAUUUUGUCAUGUUUGAUUUUACUGGAGCGACCCCCUUCUUAUCCUAUUUAAAGUCUAGAAAUUCGUCGAUCCAUUCAACAUGGGAAAGAGGAAAAUAUUCGGGCGGUUGAUCCUGCACUGUUCCAGGAAGCUUUUCCUGGAUUUUAGUCGCUUUCGUGGAGUUCCAGCUCUGUAUAGGGCAUUCUGCUCAUCCGCGAUUUAAUUUUCUCUAUGUGAUCUGCUACAUUUCUGCAUGUUGAGGAAUCUGCAAAACUCUCUGCUUUAUAUAGAUUUGAGACUGGCGUCGGUUUCAUGCAUCCCGUUACUAUUCUUAUGUCUCAUUAAGUACCCUUUCAGACUAAGACACUGGUGUCUGACACCGGUGUCCACGACUGGUGUUCAAUUGCACCCAAGCAUUGUUGAGCCACUAAAAUCAGCCAGACACUCAAAGUGGCUCGUCUGUAGUCGUUCAUUUAAAACAAUGCUUUGCUGCCGGUGGCGGACACCAGUGCCUUAGUCGGAAAGGGUACUUAGCGCAUCAACUUGCACGAAAGCAACCCCUGUUAUAAAUUUUUCUUCUAAGCCCCCCUCAAUGUGUUUUGUUAGUGCGCUGUAAGAUUUGCAGGGUCUGAAUCAUCCUUGUUGUGGGUUUCAUAUAGUUUAAAGAAGUAACAAUACUGGGAUUUUCUCCGUGAUUUUGGAAUUUCGCAGGCUUUACUGUGUUAUAAAGUUGCAAGAUCCAUGUUUUUGUUCCUUGGCCUAGGUGCUUUUAUUUGCUCGCUGCAUAUAUCAUCCACACCUGCAGCUUUACUGUUUUAUAACGAUUCAGUCUUCUUCUAGUGUCUUUAUAAUGGUUCUUACUUCUUCCAUUCACAAGGAGUUGAGGAGCUAUUUGGUUUGAUGUAAACUUGCAAGAUGAUUUAUGUUCCUUAGGAUCACUGCUAAGUUUUUUAACAAAGUUACAUGCUAUUUUGCUACUAUGUCUCAUGUCCAUUUCUCCAGGGCUUCGAUCCACUUUUCCUUUCUGGCUUCGAUCCACUUUUCCUUUCUGGCUUCCCAGUAUUCACUGGACAUCCAUUGUCCUCUACUUCCCCUGGGGAUAACUGUCCUAGACACAUUUCUUUAUUAAUUCUACAAAUUUUUCGUAGUUUUCUGAUUUUGGUUCAAGACGUAGCAGAUCGAAAUCUAGCAUGUCUGCAUUCUUUUCCCAAUUUGCCUGUUUGAAGUUAAAUCUGAAUUUGAUAACUUGUGGUCUAAUAAUCAGAAAGAUGUUUAUACUAAUUGGUCUGUGCUGAGUUUUUUGUAUGGGACCAUAUAUUACUUUGGUACAUCGAUCUUCGAUGUUAGUACUUGGAAAACAUAUCCGGGUUAUAUCCUCUUUUCCAAACUUAGGAUUAGAGGCGUAGACUCGAAUGCAAAGUUAGAAAUUGUAGGAAGUAAAUUUAGAAUUUUUCUAUAUAUCGUCCAUACCAUUUCCAACUAUCGAAUGUGAAAAAUCGGGUUUUUCAGAUUCGAUACCAUGUCCUCACAUUAUACGUGGUACAUCUUGUGGCAAAUUCUCGUUAUUGUAGCUUGAUUAGGAGCGCGGGAACUAUGCUGUUUAAACUAUCGAAUAUGAACAUUUUUCCAUUUGGUUUCAGGCAAACUGACGAAAAUGGUAUACUCGAUACUUUUGUUUUGUAUAAAUAUAACUAAAGGUAUAUUUUUGUACAACGCUAAAUAUCGAAUGUGUCACAUUCGUUAGUUUGUGUUGUAAUUUAUUCAAUAGUUAUUCAAUUAUAAUCUUUAAACUGUCGAAAAUGCUAAACUGCUGAGAAGAACAAAAUGCACGUGUUUACAAUUUGUGCGAAUUUUUUUUCAGUAUCGCUUCCAAGAAAUUCUUGUGAGGCAGUCUAUGAUUUCAUUUUAACGGAUUUUCAUUAUUUGACUAUACAGUUUUCGCUAUUAUACAUUCGCUACUUUGAAACAUCGGACCGAAACAAAUAUUUGAUUAAUACAAAAAGCAAAGUGACGAAUGUGAUUUUUUGGAAAGAAAAAAAUGAUAAGCAGUUCAAAUUUGUUAUCAAUCUAACAAGGAAUUAAACAUUACAUACAAAAAAUAUAAAAAUUUUCCCAUUCGUCAAUGCGUGAUUUAGGAGUCUAAAAAAGAGUUAUUUUGCUCUCCUGACAAGUACCACUUUUCACAUUCGAUAGUUGGAAAUGGCAGGGACGAAUAUGGAGUAUUAGUCAGAAUUAUUGUAAUUAGUUUGUUAGUUACAAAUGUAUAUUUGAAAUGGAUUUUAAAAUAUGGCUACUUUGAAAUAUCCUUAUAAUUCAAGUUAUGUAUUGCUUCAUCCUAUUAAAGGUGUUUUAAUCCAUGUCAUCAAGAUAUCACAAACUCAUCGACGAAAAUACCUGAUUUUGGUUAGAAUUAUUGGAAUAAUAAGUUUUGUUUAUUAAUUGAGUUAUAUUCAGUGGCGGAUACAGCAUCGUUAAGAGGGAGGGCCGAUUGGCUAAAUUUCUAUAAAUUAAAUGAAUGUUUUUAUAAUCUUUAUAUGUACACAAUUAAAAGAAAAUUAAAUCACUUGGUUGCGCGCCGCCUUGAUCCGCCACUGGUUAUAUUGAAGUAGCAUGUAACAUUUUUAUGAAUAAUUUAUCUAGAUUGCUGUGAUAGCGAAAUAUACAUCUUAACAUCAUAUUAAAAUAUCUUCGGUAAUUCGUUAAUUUAAAUUUGAAAAUUGGUUUCGUUAUAAUAUAAAAUUAUGAUACAAAUGAACAGAUUUGUAGUCAUAUUGAACCUAGAAGUGGCUAGAACAGCAAACUUAUUCACCUUAUCGUUUUCAUCCUGACGCUGCAAUAUAGUCAAAAAUAUACCAAAGGUACUUGAAACGGUAAUUUAAAUUGUUUAGGGAAAGUGAGUUUGUGAUUUCUACUUAUUUAUUGUUUGAUUGAUUAUUUUGACUGUUUAAAACUGGAGACGUAUAUAAAAUAGAUGUUAACAUAUUAUAAGAUUAUAGCCGAACGUUACGCAUAAAUAUGUGUUACAUUGAAUGUACUUCAUAUAUAUUUACUUAUUUUUUUAAUUACAUAAUAUUAAAUGAGAAUUCUACACCUAGUUUUUAAAUGUAUAAAUUAUAUAUUUUGUAUGAUACUUAAUAAAGUCCUUAUUAGUAA